AUGGAGCAGGAAGGUCUCUCACGAACUCCUAGAAAGUUGGUUGAUAAUAAAAGUAGAAGGGAUCAAAACUUGUAUUGUGCUUAUCAUCGGGACGUAGGACAUGAUACCGAGAACUGUCGGGACCUCAAGAAAGACAUUGAAGAGCUGAUCAAACGAGAACACCUGAAACAGUUCAUACGGAACGGACGAACUGAACAGAGACGAAGAGAGUACAAACGAAAAGGUAUGAACUAUUCUCGAGAUCGACCCCAAGGUCGCAAAGACCAAACUCUUGAACAGGAUACCCAAAACUUGGCGGGAGUAAUAAAUACCAUAGCAGAAGGACCUGUCGGAGGUGACAGUCAUGCAGCUCGACGGAACAACCGCCCACUCGCUAGUGGAGAGAAUCCGAGCAAGUGGCUGAAGAUGUACGAAGAAAUCAUCUAUGGACUUGAUGACACAGUUUCUCUCGCCUCUAACAACCAUGAGGCCAUCGUGAUAGAGGUCAUAAUGUGCAACUACAAAGUGAAGAAGGUAUUUGUCGAUAAUAUGAGCGCCAUUGACGUGCUAUACUACAAGACUUUUAAAGAGUUGCAACUGGAAGACAAGCAGCUCAUCCCAAUCUGA